ACCCGACCACGAGGUCGCCGCUCCUGCUAUUGGCGAAAGGAGCUGGUAGGAGAUUGUGCCCAGGAGUAGGACCUUUCCUUUGUCAAGCCAUCUUGCUGGAGAGGUCCCGAACGCUGCAAGGCAAAAACAUGACCGAACUGAGUGACCGGAAAGGCCCCAAAUCUUGAGGGCGGAAGUAACAGCCCGCAGCAAACCAACUCCCGGCAUGCGCCACGGCGGGAGGAGCCGGAAACUCCGGGCGCAAGGACUGUGGGUCCCGCGGAGCGACGGCGGCCGAGGGGGCGGGUCCGGCCCUUCCAGGGCAGCUGAUUGGCUGAUCUCCGGAGAGGGUGGUGGCGGCGGCGGCGCGUGCAACUGUCGCCUCAGUACGGAUCCACGUGGUCAUCUGUCUCCCAUGUGACAUACACUCCCUGUCUUCCUAAUGUACCACAUGGAAGAUGGAAGAGCUGAGUCAAGCUCUGGCUAGUAGCUUUUCUGUGUCUCAGGAUCUGAACAGCACAGCUGCCCCACACCCCCGCCUGUCCCAAUACAAGUCCAAAUACAGCUCCUUGGAGCAGAGUGAGCGGCGGCGCCGGUUACUGGAACUGCAGAAAUUGAAGCGGCUGGAUUAUGUGAACCAUGCCAGGAGACUGGCUGAAGAUGACUGGGCAGGGAUGGAAAGUGAGGAAGAAGAUAAGAAAGAUGAUGAAGAAAUGGACAUUGACACUGGCAAGAAGUUACCAAAACGUUAUGCUAAUCAAUUGAUGCUCUCUGAGUGGUUAAUUGAUGUCCCUUCAGAUUUGGGACAAGAAUGGAUUGUGGUCGUGUGCCCUGUUGGAAAAAGAGCCCUUAUUGUGGCCUCCAGGGGUUCUACCAGUGCCUACACCAAGAGUGGCUACUGUGUCAACAGGUUUUCUUCCCUUCUGCCAGGAGGCAACAGGCGAAACUCAACAAAUGCAAAAGAGUACACCAUUCUGGAUUGCAUUUACAGUGAGGUGAACCAGACCUACUAUGUUCUGGAUGUGAUGUGCUGGCGGGGACACCCUUUUUAUGACUGCCAGACUGAUUUCCGAUUCUACUGGAUGCAUUCAAAAUUACCAGAAGAAGAAGGACUGGGAGAGAAAACCAAGCUCAAUCCCUUUAAAUUUGUGGGGCUAAAGAAUUUUCCGUGUACCCCUGAGAGUCUGUGUAAGGUGCUGUCUAUGGAUUUCCCUUUUGAGGUAGAUGGACUUCUCUUUUACCACAAGCAGACCCACUAUAGCCCUGGAAGCACUCCCUUGGUGGGCUGGCUGCGCCCAUACAUGGUGUCAGAUGUUCUUGGUGUGGCUGUGCCGGCUGGACCACUAACCACCAAACCAGAAUAUGCUGGGCACCAACUCCAGCAAAUUAUUGAGCACAAGAGGAGCCAGAAGGAGAGCAUGAAGGAACUCACACACAAGACCUCUGAGAAUGGGCACUAUGAGCUCGAGCACCUGUCCACCCCCAAGCUGAAGGGUCCUCCCCAUAGCCCAGACCACCCUGGAAGUCUUAUGGAAAACUAAAGAGGUAACCUCCUUUAGGUCACAAAAUGGGACCUCACCCCAGAAGGAGGACUAGAGAAGAGGACAGUGACAACAACAACAGGUGACUUCAUUUUAGAGUGGACUUUCCAGAGGCCAGAUCAUCUGAGAGUUGCUCAUCUCCUAUCUGAAAUGCAGGCUCAAACAGUGGAGGAGGGCCCAGUUGGGUGGAAUUAGAUUGAUUUGAACAGCUCCUACUGUGAUAAGUGUAUAUCAGAUCCAUAGUGUAAUAUAUGUAAUUCUUAAGAAGUUGUUUGUGAUUCUUAAGCUUUAGGCAGCCUUGAAUCUCCACCACUUCCCCCACUCCAGGAUCCUUACCAAACUAUUCAGGUCUCCCCCAUUUCACCCUUUUUGGCACUCUGACAUUCUGCUGAGUUUCAGAAUGCUGUUGGUGAGGGCAUUUUCUGAAAGGUCUUACCAGGAACUGCAUUUCUUGGUAUUUAAAUAUGUUCCCUCUUCUGAGAAGGCAAGUGUGAUUUUCUUUGGUUUAGACAUUGACAAAGAUAAAACGCUAAUGGGGUUCAUUCAUUGCUUCCACAAAUGUUGACCUCCUACCUGGAGAUAAACCUGAGAUGUAGAGUGGGUUUUCGAGGUGGACAAAACUUGGUUCCUGACUUUGAAGUGCAUAAUCUAGUGGAAAAAUAUACCCAUCAGUGUGUCCAGUGUGUUGAGAUGGCAACAUGAUUGCUUUAGCACAAAAAGGUGCUUAGAACAUGAGGACAGAGGUUGCAAGGAAGAGCACAGCAGGUAAAUCAGAGGAUGCUAGAGCUGACUCUGCAAAGGGGCACAGUGUGCUCUGUAGACCAGGAGGAGAGGAGUUCUUCAGAGAUUGACACUAUGCAACUGUACCCCUCUGGAGCAGGGCAGAACUUGCUUUGGAAACUGGUUUAACAUGGCUUGACUGUAGAGUAGG